AUUCAAAGACAAUCCGCAUAUUUAGUAUUUCAAUGGAAAAACCCAACAUCGAACAACUGUUCAAAAUCAUAUUUGAAGUCAACAAAGAUCAGCGUUUCAUUUUCUGCUAUGCCUGUCAAAUAAGAUUCCCCUUUGUUGAACCAGAACAAGCAACCCUCUAUAUCCAUCACUUCUCCAAAGACCACGUCUACAACCUCUCAACCAUAGCCACCAGGGAAAUCAUCAAAACCAAAGAAACCACAAAAAAGGAUAAUCGAGUCUCUUAAGCAAUCCCAUUAUUCGAUCUAGAGAAAGCACUCAACAUCCAAUAAUAGCAAUCAAAGAACGGUAAUCCUAUAUAUCCCUACCCUCAGCUCUUCAUUAGUAUCUCAAAGACUGCAUUACCAAAUUACCCCAACUCUACGAUCAAUUUGAACUCAAUAAUCUGGAAGCCUACAUUAGUACUCUUCGAAGAUUGUACUUGCAUUUGCUGAAUCACAACACCUCCAUCCUGACUCCUGAACUUUGCUUCUCCUUUGUGGACAUUUACAAAACUGAUAAGGAUCUCCAAUUGAUUAGGAAAAUCGCUAGAGCAUUCAAUUUUCCUUUGACCUACGAGUAGAACCUAAUUCUAAAUCCUCACAAACCGACCAAUCCAAACUUAUCUCAGGAUUUGUACAUUGAAUUUUACUAAACCUUCAUUAAUGAUCUUAUGGACUUAGGCUUAUCUAAGGAGUCCUUGGUUUAUCACCUUGCCAAAAUAGGAACACCAAUAAGCAAGAUCAUUGAUCUGAAGCUCCACGAAAUCAAGAAUAAAAUUAAUGAUCUCAUCAAUAAAGGCAUCAAUGAAGAGCAAAACAUCUUCUUUCUAAACAUCAUUGAGAAAUUGGAACGCUACGAAAAUCUUAAUAGUCACUCCUAUGUCUUUACUAGAUGGAACACAGAAUGUUAAAUGAGAAAAUGCGUUAGAUAAAUCAGGAAUCGUCUCAGAGACCAAACAACUGAUGAAAAAUAUAAAGUAUUCUUGGCUGCUGCUUCUCUCUAAUAAGUAUAGUAAUGGCAUAAAAUUCUAAUUCAAAACGAGAAAAAUAGCACUAAGGAUAUGAUAUCCAUUUUGGAAACAAUUAAUGAAAAUAAGAAUUUAUCGAAAAAAAGGAAAUUGAAUGUUAAAUAAUAUAAUAUUCCUUCUAACCUUAAUUUCAGCGAAUUUGAAAAAAGAGAACAAGAAGAAGCAGACAACAGUGAAUUCGAUAUUAGUAUUGUCGAUUCAACAUCAGAACAUAAUGUAGAUCAAGGAUUUAACAUUAAAUAACUCAAUGAAACAACUAAGCUAAAUUCAACAGAGAAGAUGAAUUAAUGUGAAAAAAAACAUGCAGAUUCUAUGAAAGAUCAAUUAGAUAAUUAUAAAAAUAAAGCUUUACUUAAGAAGUCUUCAAAAAGAUGA